AUGUCAGCACGGCAGCUCUCUGCGACAGUCUCCUUGGCAACGCGGCGUGCGGCUGUGACGCCAGUGCGGGCCCCCGGCUCGUGGUGAGUGGGCGUGACUCCCGACUUUAGCCCCCUCCCUCCUGUCUCCUCGUCAGUGUGGGCGGGCCCCAGUCAGGAGAGAGCGAGCGAAACACGACACCCCCGAGGAACCGAGCGAGGCGUGGGGGGGAGGAGAGCAGCGCGGAGUGGAGUGGUGUGAGAGUGAGUGGAGCACUAAAAAGUCUGCGAAGAAACACAGGUUUGCUUUCUAACCUUCGGUUCUGACACACAAGUAGUAGAGCCUUGAAGCCGGACUGUGAGAAAGAUGCGACCGGGACGGAGUAAGCAGCUACCGGACAGUUAGCCAAACUACUUGAAGAGGAGGAGACGGAGUGAAAGGCUUUUCGGUUGCCUCUCGAAUCAGGACGGUUGGUUGUUUCCCCGAAGCGAGUUGAGCAGAUUGAAACGCUCCCAGUUGCUCCAGGACCAGCAGCGAGGACCCACAAACGUACAUAUUUUUGCUUCUUUUUUUUUUUUUGGUCUAAGCGGAGGAGGACUUUUCGGUUUUAUUGAUCCGGGGAAACCGACGGAGUAAGAGCGGAGCGGCUGUAACGAGGACAGAGCCACUGAAGCGGUAGCUCCCGAAAGAAGAAGAAAAAGUUUUCAGCGUGUCUUUACCAAGUUUUCCAGACUGGAAACCGGAGCGGGAAGAGGCGAGAGAGACUGACUUUUUCUUCCACAAGCAACUUUUGUGGAGUUCCUCCAGUCUAGCUUUCCAGUUCAGCUGAAGCAGAAUGAAAACACCUGGAGAUACUGGGUUUGCCUUUCCAGAAUGGGCCUACAAGCCAGAGUCGAGCCCCGGGUCCAGGCAGAUCCAGCUGUGGCACUUCAUCCUGGAGCUGCUCAGGAAAGAAGAGUAUCAUGAUGUCAUCGCGUGGCAAGGCGACUACGGGGAGUUCGUCAUCAAGGACCCAGACGAGGUGGCCCGGCUGUGGGGGGCGAGGAAAUGUAAACCACAGAUGAACUACGACAAGCUCAGCAGGGCGCUGAGAUACUACUACAACAAGAGGAUCCUUCAUAAGACCAAAGGCAAGAGGUUCACAUAUAAGUUCAACUUCAACAAACUGGUUUUGGUCAACUACCCGUUUUUCGAUGUGGGUUCCACUGGAAGUAGUGUACCUCAGAGUGCGCCGCCUGUCCCCACCGGAGCAGGAACCCAUUUCCGUUUCCCUCCUUCCACGCCUUCUGAGGUUCUCUCCCCCAACGAGGAUCUGCGCAGCCCUGGGGGCAUGUUCAGCACUGUGGCGCGACGGAUGGCCCGUGGCUCCGUCAGCGACUGCAGCGAUGGUACUUCGGUCAACUCAGAGAUUGAGGAGGGGAACGGUGGUGCAGGAGAGGAGAGGGGUGACAGGAGUGUGAGCGGAGGAGGAGGGGGCCCCGGUGGCGGCGGGAACUACCGGAGCAUCAUCCAUCCCCGUCUGUCUCAUGAGGCUCUCUUCCGUAUGUAUGGAGGGCCGGGUAACCCUGCAGGUCAUCCCGGGCCGCGUGGCCCCGCAGGGCACCGGAUCCACCAGGAGCCGCUGUCUCCCUUCCCCGUGUCUCCUCUGCCUGGACCCCCAGGGGCGAGCCUCUUGGCCCCUCCUCUGUCUCCAGCGCUGUCCAUGACCCCAACGUCCCACCUACCCUACACCCCGUCCCCCACGCUGUCUCCCAUGCUAGGCUCCCACUUCUCCUUCAACCCAGAGGACAUGAAGCGCUACCUGCAGGCCCACACCCAGUCCGUUUACAACUACGGCCUCAGCCCCCGGGCAUUCCUCCAGUACCCCAACAUUGUGAUCCCUCAGCCCCACCGGCCCGUAGCCGACAAGCCCGGCAUGGCCGCUGAGAGGGCAGAGCGAGGCGGGGGAGGGGAGAGGGCCGGAGACCGACAUCAUCACCCGUCUCUGGCUCACUCUGCUCACCACCACCCACAGCUUCCUCACUCCGCCCACUCACACCCCCAUUCCCACCCCAUGCAUCACCCUCUCCACCUGGGGGAGGAGCCACCUCACAUGUCUCCCUUCAAGUUCAAGCUGCAGCCGCCACCUCUUGGGAGGAAGCAGAGGGACGGACAGAGCCAGGGCAAACCGAGACAGAGCUCCCUGUCCUCUGGGUCCGGGUCCGGGUCCAUGUCCUCCACCUCUGGACUGGGGUCCUCGCUGUCCUUCGGCAGCGACCUGAGCUCGGCAAGCGGGUCAGGGGUCAUUUCUGCCUCCUCCUCAACACAGUCCUUGAACAGUGCUGGACUCCCAAAGAUAAAGGUGGAGCCCAUCUCUGAUAUAGAGUCAGAGGAAGAGGUGGAGGUGACAGACAUCAGCGAUGAAGACCCAGACGAAAGAGAUAAUGAGUUCGCGCUCUUCUCCGCUCGACACUCCAGAGUUUUCAACCACCACCUGUCCAACGGCACGGCGGCCGCCCAUCAUCCAUCGCAGGACGAAGACCUGGACGAGGACGUCUUCAAAGCCCCCGCUCCUCCUCCUCCAGGUCUGAUGCCGUUCUUUACCUCGCAGCAUGCCCACCGUGGCCUGACCGCCCUCAAGAGUGAACCGGUGGAGCCGGUCGAGAGCCACGCCGCCCAGUCCCAGACGGCCUCGACCGGAGCCGCGCAGGGGAAGUGCAUCCCUCUGAAGCUGCGGUUCAAGAGGCGCUGGAGCGAGGACCAGCGCAUGGAGGCGUCGCAGGAAGAGUCGGACGACAAGAAGGUCCGACCGGAGGAGGGGAGGAUUAAAGGGAGGCUAGCUAACGGCUGUGUAGAGAUGGAGGAGGACGGGGAAGACGGAGACAGUCCCCCUCCGCUAGCUUAUGAGGGGUCUUUAUCAGCACCUCUGGCUUCACAUCGGAGGGUCAGCGCCGAGCUGCACCGCGCCACGGCCCAGCUGUCCCUGGAGAACAAAGACUGCUGAGGAGCGCAGCCCCAACACUACUGCUCCAGCAGUACAGGAGUUUGUAAAUGUAAUCCCACUCCCACACUGACAAACUAGACGACCCGAGAGCAGAGCCUGACACACACGCUCAUAAAACUGACACAGCCAGACUCCGGUUGAGUCAGAGCCGCCAUCAGUCCUGGAAGAAUCAGCUCCCACACUGCUAAAAUACGAGCAGUGUUUUAUCUAGUUUCUAGUGCAAAUGUGAGAAAAUAAGACAAAAUUAAUAUACAAGUUCAGCACGAUGUAGGAGCUUGUUUAGAGUCACAUUUUCAAGUCCUGCCACAUAUUUUCAGUUGAACUUAGGUCUAAACUUUGACUAGACCAUUUUUAAUAUGUGAAUAUUUUUUAAUCUAAACCAGUGUUGCCCAAACUUUUUGCAGAAAUUAAAAAUGCAAAAAUUAAUUUUUGUGAUUUUACCUGCUCGACAAUGCAACAUUUUUAUUAAAUCUAUGUAUUUAAAACAUAAAAAAGGGGCAAAAAUUUGUUUGUGUGAUUUUUCUUAGUCUCACCUGCUCGACAGUUAACAAAAUUUUUAUGAAAUCUGUAAAAUCUUACACAAUCAGAAUAUUUAGACUUUCCACAUUGUUGCCUUAGAAAAUGAUAAACAGACAGUUUCUACAUUUUUGGGAUCUAACUCUAAUUAAGACAGUAAAUAUUUUAAUAUUUAUGAAAAAGUCCCAGUUAGUGAAUAAUCAAAUUGUACUGCUUAUUUCACUCAUUACUGGCACUUUUACAUAAAUAUUAACAAAUUAUUGACUUAGAACAAGCUCCUUCGUCUCGCUGAGUAAGUUAGUUUUAUCUCAUUUGUACUCGGAUAUUUGCUUUAGAAACUAGACUAAAAAUACUUGGUAAGAUUUUGGUGUUUUUGCAGUGCACCAGGCCAGUGAAGCUCCCAUCUUCUCAUCAUCAGCAGCCACACAACUCUUUCCUCAGGAGAAACGACCCCUCACAGCCCUGCGGCUCACCCUACAGGCCGACGGGACUUCUAAGUGCCUGCAUCAAACCCCGAGAGCCCUGGAGAGACAUGCUGGGUGGGACAGAGGAGGGCAGCUGGGAGGAAAGAUCAUGUGGGACAGGAAGGAAAGUGUGGUGACUGGGGCUGUUGGGUGUUUGUCUGGCCCUCUCCACUCAGGGAAGCCUUUUGCUGUAUCUUUAUUGGAUCCACACAGACGCAUCAAACGGGACUCAAGGGACUUUAUCGAGCCCAAACCAAGCAGAGACGUCAGCUUUUCCCUCAACAUUUGACUUUGACACCACCACCCCUCUGAUUUCCUCCUGUUCUGUCUCGUUUCACUUCAAAAGCACAAAAUAUAACCAAGUUUUUUUUUUUGCCCUAUUUCCUGAUGAAAAUACCUUAAGACACUUGAAAUAAGGUAAAACUAACUGAAGAGUAACUUUUCAGCAAGAUAUAGGAACUGGUUUUGAGUAAAGAAUUCAUUACUAUUAAUGAAACAGUGGUAGAUUAUUUCACUUUAAUCUGCCAGUAGAACUAGUACUUUUUCAUCCAUAUUAAUUAAGAAUUAAAGGCUGCUAUAUCUUGCUCAAAAGUUACUUCUGAGUUACUUUUGUCUUAUUCCAAAUGUACCAAGAUAUUUGCGCCAGUACUUGGAGUAAAAAUACUUGGUGAGAUGUUGUGUUUUUGCAGUGUUCUCUCAUGGACCACGUGUGGAAACAUCACGACUCUCUUCUCGCAGAAACAAUAUGAACCCCGGGUUGAUGUGGGGGAGCGUAAAAAAACGAAGGAAGAGCGUGCUUCUUCACCUGAAGUAGUUUCAGCUGCAACUCGAGCUCGUCUAACAAUCUUAGUGUUAAACUAAACCAGCAACGACACACAGACACACAUGCACAGCACUGCCGCCACAGCUCCCUUUCCCUGCAAACACACACUGCCGCUGAUCGCCUUCUUUUUAAAGCUUGUAAAGUAGUUCAAACUGAGCUCUAAAACCACACAGAAUAUAUCUUUAUAUAUGUUCAGACGGAGAUGAUUACAGAAGAGUUUAAGAGAAGCACAGCAUUUUAAUGAUGGAUUUUUUUUAUGGUGAGUGGAUCAUUUUUGGAUGGUAUUGUUAUGGGGGCAGCAGAACAAGAAGCAGUGGGGGAUUUCUUGUAUAUUUGUUGCAUAUGUAAACAAGGAGCUCAGGCCUGUCCACCAGAGGAAGGAAGAAAAAACCAGCAGACUGCUAAUGAUUCACACGGUUUGCUUGGCUCUGCUGUUCACUUGGUUUUGCAGUAGUCUGCCCUUUCAGCGUGCAGCGCUCUGUUUUUUUUGUUGUUUUGUUUUUUUCUGUGUGCAGUCUCGCUCUGCUCAGCAGGGUUCUCCCUGGUCGGAGCUGUCCUGACUGCAGGCCACCUCUCCAGGCUUCCUCUGCGUGUCAGAACUGGCUAAGCGAGGCGCUAAUCCUGCACUGUUCUCUUACUCCAGUUAGUAUUAACUCUUCAAAGUUCAGCACAGUUGAGAGAAAAGGGUCAAUUAUUAUACCAAGAUGCCCCUCUCCCUAAAAUCUAUGCACUUUUACACACACACACCCACACACCCACAGACAGACACGAAUGGUUUUGACAGGCUCUAAAUUCCUGACAUCUCCUGGUUGGUUACCUCUGUUCCUUGAAAACCUUUUUGAAUCUUUUUACAAGCUUUGUUGUAUUUUAUGUGAUAAACUAACACAAGUUACUGCAUUGAUGUAAAGCAGAGGAAAAGAUGCAUUGGUUUCAUUUUUACUUUUUUAAAUCUGAAAAGUGUGGUUGGCCUCUCUUUAGUCACCAUGUCUUCACCAGCUUUGUACAUUUACAUCUUUUAGCAAACAAGCUCAGUCGGAAUGGACUGAAAAUUUCUGUGAACACGAAUAUUCAAGUCCUGCCACAUAUUUUUAUUUUGACUCAAUCAAAAUAAUUUCAAGAGCCACAAAUGGCCCCUGAGCCACAUUUUGGACCUCUCCUACUUGAUGCAGAAGGAGACUUUUUUUCAACUAGGACUAAUCUCUGACCCAUAAAUUAAAAUCUUAUCAUCUUCUUUGAUACAACACAAACCAUUCAUCUUUAUAUAAACCAUCGGAUCAGAACACAUCUGUCCAUUAACCCAAAUCUGUCGUUAAUUACAUUUUUAAAACAUAGCUAAAUACUUUAUUUUUAAAUAAAGAGCAACCCAAAUCAUGUUUUUAUUGCUGCGU